AUGGAGAACAAAUGGAGUGUGGUGACGAUGAUGUUCGUUCUGGUGGUGAUUGCUGCCAUUGGAGGAGAAGCAACUAGUCAUAUAUGUACAUUCAAAUGUGAAAUGACGUGCGGCGAUCCGGAGUUCACUUCAGAUUGCUUCAAAAAGUGUAUUGCCGAAUGCGAGCAUCCACAUACAAAUGCCUUUCACUCAACUUCUCAGUCGCGGACCAAGACUAAAAGGAUGGAAGAAAUGAGAGGAUAG